UAAGGCAUAAGUGUAUCUCUCUUUUACAUUCAAGAAACUCAGAGCUGGUAUUGAACUCCAUGGUGUGUCACUUCCAUUCACAAGGUCACCACAUGGUCCAAGACGGCUGCUGGCACUCCAGUCAUUAACUCUGCUUCCAAGCCAGCAGUGAAGAGGACAUUGACCCACUUCCAUUUACACCUCAGUGGUCACAUCAAGCUAUAAGGGAGGCUGCAAAAUACAGUCAUGAUUCUGGUCUGCCAGAUGCCAGCUAAAAGUUGGGGGUUCUGUUUCUGAGGGUAAUAGGGAGACCAGAUAUGUAGGGAGAAGUAGAAGCCUGCUUCCAGCUUUGGAGGAGGAGUGACCCUACCCUCUGGGGACAUGGCCCAUUGGAUGUGAGGCUCUUCCCAAGCAGGUUAGCUGGCUGCUGCUGUCAUAGGGAGGGCCCAAUAAGUGGAGAGAGGGCAGAAUUAAUGCAGGGAGUUGGUUUUUCAUGGAGUCAUGGGGAUGGGAAAUAAGGUUUUCCCCUGACCCUGGGGCACAGCAUGUGUGGCAUAUAAGUGCUUGGUGGAUGAAUAGACUAUGUCAUUCUCACGGGGACCCCAUUACAGAUCAGAAGAGAUGCACUUGUCUUAAACAUCUAGGGACCCAAAGCAUCAGUGUUUGUUUAUGCUUUCCUUCCUCAGGUCUUCCUUCCUUUCCUGUGUAGCCACCUGUAGUUCUGUAAGGCCACCUCCAAGGGGAGGUCUUUUGCCAAGUCCCACGUUCCUUCCCUUCUGAUCUGGGCACUGGAGCCCAAGCCUUCCAAUGUGCAACCCCGCCUGCUGUCCACCUGGCCUCAUUGUCCCUUCCUAGGGUGGAUGUGGGAGGUAGAGGCUAUCCUCAGGACUUCCAAGGAUAGCUGACAUGCCCUCUGCUUCUGUUCUUAGGUUGUCCAUUCUCAGAUUAAAAACCUAGAAAUGUACAAGGCAGACAAAAGUGUGAUGGAGCAGGAGCUGAAAGAGAAAGCCGACAGGAGCUCCCUGGCAGGCAAGGCAAGCCGGGCUGACCUGGAUGCAGUGGCGAUGGAGCUGAAUGAGACGAUUCAGGGCAUACUAUUCAGGGUUAUGGCCAAUGAGGAUGACUGGAAGAAGACUGUGGAGCAGCUGGACAAAGACCUACACACCAAGGUGAGGACCCCUGUAUUAGUCACCACCUGCUGCGUAACAAAUUACCCUGAAAUUUAGUCCCUUAAGACAGCAAACGUUCACAGUUUCUGAGGGUUAAAAAUUUGGGAACAGCUUAGCUGAGUAGCUCAGGGUCUCCCACGAGGCUGUAGUCAGGAUGUCAUCUAGGGCUGCUGUCAUAUGAAGACUUGACUAGAGCUGGAAGAGCUGCUUCCAAGAUGGCGCCCUCACAUGGCUGUGGGCAAGACUCCUCACUUCCUUAUCACACAGAUCCUCCUUAGGGCUGCUUGA